GUGAGUACGUGAUGAGGGAUUUUAAAACAGUCGUUUUAUUAUGGGAGAGAGAGAGGAUGAGGGAGAGAGAGAUAGUGUGUGUGUGAGAGAGAGAUGCUAUAGCGUUUGCCCUGUUCAUAUUUGACUCAGUGCUUGCCAUUGAACACCGACAGACUCACUCAGCGCAGGAAAGAAAGUCAUUGCUUUAAGACCGACAUUACAAGGGCAUCCAACCCUCUGUGGGAAACUGAGUAAAACGUUUUGCCAGCACCAAAACACAGAAGCUCUGCGAGAUACAUAAAGUGAACACAAGUGACUUAACGCAUGCUCUGCGUAAACUGGAUGAAGGCAGUGUAAUGGAGGAAUAAGUGGGGAAGACUGAACAGAGAAGAACGAAAGAAUGAAGACAACCGGAAAGCGAACACGCCUUUUCAUCAGUUGUUGUUUAAAUUAAUACAUCACAAACGUACGACAUGAUUGGCAGGAGGCUGCUCCUGUUGGUGUCCCUGUGUUUUGUAGGCGGAGCCUGUGUCACUAAGAUUGUUCGGAGAAGGGGAGUGAGCUCAGUUCGCGCCCAGCAUACAGAAAAUGGAGCAACUGACCAAUGGGAUGCAAGUUUGGAGAGGAAUGGCAAUACAAUGACAAGAAUCAAAGAACUGAUUGGUCCUGAAGAAGUUGAAGAGCAGAUUACAGCUCACCAGAGCCAUGGAGCUUCUCCUGUCUUCACCAAGGAAAACUUUGUUGGGUUUAAUGCCAAACCACCUGAAGAAAUAAACAUAGACUCUGACCACCAAGAUUUAAAGGUACAAGCCCCAACUGAUGACUCUAGAGACAUUUUAGAGUUUAAAAGGGGCAGAAAUAAAACAAAGAAAGGUGGAAGAGUUGACAAAUGGAUCCCAGUGCACCACAGAACAACUUCUGGCAUACACUUCAACAGAACCAGAUUCAAAAUCCCUUCAAAAUCCAGAGCAAGUUCAAAUUCUGCCAUUCACACUACGGCAGGUACAAAAGUAAUCACUCCAGAUUCACCUCGGAAAUUGAACCUGACUGGAAGCUUAUUAAAACUGAUAUCUAAAGAAAACCUCAUAAGAAUUGUGAAUUCCCAGCUUCAGAGUGUUCCAGGUCUAAAUAUUCCAGGUAAAAUGAGUCACAGCAGGAAAAGGGAUUUGAUCAACAUGGAUCACAGUCAAGUGGAGGCAUUUAAAAUGAAAAAACAAGACAGGAUAGGCACUCCUGAACUUUAUAACUCAGAUAACCUGACUGCUGAGCUACAUUCAAGUACUUUUACAAAUACCAGCCUAAAUCCGGAUCAGACCAUUCACACUCUCUUUAAACAGUUUAGUGGAUUCACUAUGGAUCUAGGUGAGGGGGACAGAAAAUUGGAGGUGAGAGGUGCACCAGGCACUGCUUCAUGGAAGUACAAACACUUCACCACUCAUUUAGCAUCAACUCCCCAAAGUGAGAUCAUGCCUGUCACGGAGACGAACCCCUUCGCUGGUCAGAGCAAUAUGGGCACAUCACACACUCCGUCUCAGAUUGACUGGGGACAUCGGCCUGGCUCUUUCAGCUCACUGACUGAGAGGAGUCUUGACGUUAAAAGAGAAUCAGAUCAGAGUGUUCGUAUGCCAUUUGGUGCCACUCAGAAUCCAUUGAUUAAAAUUUCAGAACCCAUUGACAGCAGUCACAUCCUAAAACUCCCACCAGAUCCGGAAUGGGGAAGGAAGGAGGUGGAGGAGAGCAGAGAGAUGACUGUGGACUCUCGCCCUGGCAGAGAUGGACGAGGUCUUGUUUUCCAGGAAAUGGAUGAGGAUGGAGAUGAGGGGCGGAAUCAACAAAAAGGGGAAAUCUCUCGAUCUAGAAAACGACGAAGCUGGAUCUGGAACCAGUUCUUUGUCAUUGAGGAGUAUGCUGGUCCAGAACCAGUGCUCAUUGGAAGGCUUCACACUGACAUGGACAGAGGUGAUGGACGCACUAGGUACGUGCUGCGGGGUGAAGGGGCAGGGUCAGUGUUCGUGAUUGACGAGAAGACGGGCAACAUCCACGUAACCAAGCCCUUGGACCGGGAGGAGAAGGACGAAUACCGGCUGAUUGCCACAGCAACAGACAGUCAGACAGAGCGUGCCCUGGAGCCCUCCUCCCAGUUCAUCAUUAGAGUGCAGGAUAUCAACGACAACCCACCUGUCUUCGAGGAAGGACCCUACAGCGCCACAGUAUCCGAGAUGGCAAACAUAGGGACCUCUAUCAUUCAGGUGACGGCUUCAGAUGCAGAUGAUCCCACCUAUGGGAACAGUGCGCGGCUGGUGUACACACUUGUUCAGGGGCAGCCGCACUUCUCAGUGGAUGCUCAGACAGGCAUCCUGCGUACUGCAGUUCCAGAUCUAGAUAGAGAAGCGCAGGAUCAGUAUCUAGUGGUGCUGCAAGCUAAAGACAUGGGCGGCCAUCUUGGUGGCCUGUCAGGAACGACAACGGUUACUGUAAGAUUGACUGAUGUCAAUGACAACCCUCCGCACUUCGUACAAAGUUCCUGGCUAUUCUCUGUGUCAGAGUUGGCGGUGCCAGGGGCGGAGGUGGGUCGGAUCUCAGCAACAGAUGCUGACUUGGGAGACAAUGCCAAGCUGGAGUACACCAUCCUGGAUGGAGAGUCAGGGGACACCUUUAACAUCACCGGAGCCAACCAAGAAGCAGUGAUCAUUCUGAACAAGGCAGUGGACUAUGAGAGCCGCAGUUCUUACUCUUUCUCGGUGGAGGUUCUGAACCCCAUCGUGGACCCUCGGUUCCUUCGGCGUGGGCCCUUUAAAGACCGUGCUUCGAUCAGAGUGGCCGUGCUGGAUGCAGAUGAGCCCCCUCGUUUCUCACGGGCACGCUACCGAAUGGAUGUGUCUGAGAACUGCCCACCGACCUGCACAGUGGGACGGGUCAGCGCCGUGGACCCAGAUACAGGGCUCACAAACAACAUCAGGUUCUCCAUCGAUCCUCAGUCUGACCCAGAAGCUCUGUUCCGCAUCACUCCAGACACUGGGCUCAUCACUACAGUGACCGAGCUGGAUCGUGAGCACGAGCAGUGGCACAAUAUCAGCAUCAUUGCCACACAGAGAGAUAACCCCAGCCAGGUGUCCAGGGUGGUGGUUGCUGUAGAAACAUUGGAUUUAAACGACAAUGCACCCGAGUUGGACAGGCAGUACAACACAGCCAUGUGUGACUCUGCCUCUACGGGACAGGUGGUGCAGGUGUUGCGGGCGAUUGAUAGAGACGAGGGAGGAAAUGACAGCGCCGUCCAUUUUAACAUCCCUCCGGACUCCAACGUUGCCCUCAACUUCAGCAUCAGGGAGAGUGGAGGCCCCACUGCUAGUUUGGUGCUGGCAUCACCUUUGCAGACACUGUCUCGCUCUACUUCUUCCUCCCUCACUCUCUACAUACCGCUGGUCCUGAAGGACGGGGUCUCUGGUUUGACCAGCACAGGGACAGUCACGGUGUCCAUAUGUCCCUGUCUAAGGGGCGGAGCCCGGGCCGGAGAGAAAGAGAAGCAAAGUGAGGCAGAGUGGGACAAAGAGACGGUUUGUUUGCCCCAGCACUCCUCUUUGCCCUCCCCUGGACUCAGCACUGCCGCCCUGUUGGCCAUUUUAGCCUGUGUGGCCACUCUUUUGGCUGUCAGUGCUUUGUCUCUGUCCCUGCGCAGGCAGAAAAGGGACUCGCUCUCGCCUUUAGAGGAGGAUGAUGUAAGAGAGAACAUCAUCACGUAUGAUGAUGAAGGAGGGGGUGAGGCUGACACGGCAGCCUUCGACAUCACAGCGCUGCAGAGCGCCCCACACAAUGCACGCAGGGGGUACCGCACCCUGGACAGCAGGAACAUACGUUAUUCACAACACAGUCAAGACAAGGCUCGAGCAUACAGCAGCUGGGUUCAGGCUGGAGCACUGGACCCGGGGCAGUACAACAGUCAAGGAGCCACUCUAUACGGGCGGUUUUGCUACAGCAGCCACACCCUCCCAGUGCUGCGUCGCUCACAGGGCCCCUAUGAGCCCGGCAUAUCUGAGCUGGCUUACCGCUUACCUGGGAAUCAACCAGACCACUCUCUAGUCAUUCAAAACCAGGCAGCUGUGGUUGGCACUCUGGAGCCUGGGGCUAUUUACAUGCCAACAACAGAGGCCAGUCAUGACUCUAAAGAAGGGACAGCAUCUCAAGACGGAGCUACCACAUCUGAGGGAGGAACACCAAGGAAAAAUGACUCAAAGGAUGAUGCAAGCAGCGAUGCCCAGCAGAGUCAAAGUCAAAGCCAGGAUCUGGAUUGGGUGUUUUAGAUGGUGCUGCCAUCUCGUGGACAAAGGAAUACAGAUGAAUAUGAUGUUGCCGCGUCAUCUUGUGGUCAAACAGAUUUGAAACAGCAUGAGGGACAGUAAAUGACGACACAAUUUACUCCUUUUUGGGGUUAACUAUACCUUUAAUAAUAGGACAGACAUGUUGUUAUUAAAAUUUGUUCUGAUUUUCAUCUCAUAUACAGUAUAAUAUCUUAACCUAAUUAUUCAUUGUAAUUAAUUAAAAUAACCUUACCUUAAUUUGA